CGCCUGUCGGUCUGGGAAUGAGCGCAACUUUUACACGCUUCUCUGUGUCGCGCCGCUGCUUCGCCUGUGUUGUACUGUCACCUCACUGGGAGAGCGCACACUGGAGGCUGCUUUCCGAGUCAAACCUGGCAUGGGUUCUUUGUCGGCCCUGAGGACCGUCCUAGUUUUGAACCUGGUUACGGCCUUCGCGGGAUGCGCCGCCGGUUUGAACGGGACAGCGGAGCGCUGGGAGGCCCUCUACUCCCGCUCUCUGGCACGGAUCCCGGGGGAAAAGCGGGAGGAGAUCAGUCGGGACGGAGACUACCUCCUAGGCAUUAAACGGUUGCGGCGCCUCUACUGCAACGUGGGGAUUGGUUUUCAUAUACAAGUGUUACCCGACGGCAGAAUAACAGGAGUACACAGCGAGAAUCGUUACAGUCUGCUGCAGAUCUCUCCCGUGGAGAGAGGGGUGGUUACUCUGCUGGGUGUUCACAGUGGGCUCUUUGUGGCAAUGAACCGAAGAGGAAAACUUUAUGGAUCUUUACACUACAGCAACGAAUGCAAGUUCAGAGAGAAGCUCCUCGCCAACAACUACAAUGCUUAUGAAUCGGCCGCCUACCCAAGGAUGUUCAUGGGCCUGAGUAAGAAUGGCAAAACAAAAAGAGGAAACAGAGUGUCACCAGCGAUGACAGUGACACAUUUCUUGCCAAGAAUCUAGUGAGCUGAUAAAUCUACUUCAAGACAAUAUGGGAAGAAGGAGGGCGCCAAUCAGGAGAGAGCCAGAGGGUAGGGGGGUUUUCUCCAAGCUGUGAUGCACUUUCACUCCAAAACUUUUGUAAGUGUAUCAUAUUUGAUAUUUUACUUUGUACAUAUUCAGUUUUUUAUUUAUGUUUAACAUCUGUUUUGUAUUUUUAUAGGAGUGGAUUUCUUUUCACUGAGGGACAGUCAAUAUUCUAGACAUUUUAUUUAUGUUUUAAUUUCUUAUUUAUCAGACAUUUGCUGCUACUGAAUGAAACCCUGUCUUUUGAUGUAUUCUUUGCACAGAUGGAAAAAUUACCUUUUUUUUUAUUUUAUUUUACAUUUAUUUAACCAGAAAAGUCUCAUUGAGAUUAAAAACCUCUUUUUCAAGGAAGUUCUGGUCAAGAGGCAGCAGAGUAACAAAUGUAUGGCAUUAAUUACACAGUGCCAUACAAAUAAUUACUACACAGUCACAAUUUAAGGAAGUCAUCUCUCGUUCUCUCAGUCUUGAUGUAAAGGUUUCAGUUAAAGAAGUUCUGUUAAUUUCCUUUUUUUUUGCUCCAUGUAGAAUUUGGGAAAAGGCCCAUUUCUGUUUGGGGAAAGAGAACAGUGAACCUGAUUACCUGAUAUCUCAGCGGGUUUAUAUGGAUGACAUUGUUCAAUUGGAUUUGGUUUGAAUCAGAAUCUUCUCAGAACAGAAAUAAGAUGUGUGUCUUUGUGUGAGAAUGUGGUGUUUAUUGCCCAACACUUCAAACCUUAUGCUUCUCCAUUUCACCUGAGGAGGACCUGGAGGUGUUCUGGAGACAUUUCCUUUAACUUAGAUUUUAGAUGGAUUCAUGUGCCGGCAUCAGAGACAGCAUGUCCUCUUAUUUACCGUUAAUUCUCUUUUCUAUAGCCUGAUAGCUUCAGAAAGACGACCCCAUCCUGGUGACACAUACCUACAGCAAUUCCUCUUUUUGAGAGUUUUACUCUAAUAUAGCACCUGCACUAUUACUGACUAUAACUGAAUUAGAUAAGCUCAUAUAAGCUCAAUAAUGCUAACCAAAUAAUCAGCAUUAUUUUUCUCGUUUUAAAAACUCUAAUGUCCCAUGCAGACAUCUCUUAGUAUCAAUGCACCAUAUUUGUUUUUAAUCUUUGCUGCAAUAAUUUUACAGACGCUUACUGUUUAUUUGGGCCCUGCUGUCAGCAGAGCCUCUGACUAGAUAUGAUAUGGAAGCAUCAAAUAUACCAGGCCUUCGAAUCUUGUAAAAAUUAGAGCUGCACCACUCAGAGCCUGGAAGAGGGUCUUAUUGCUGUCAAUGAAGCUUAUGUCCAUGCUGCUUAUGGAUAUAAGUCCAUAAGCAGCAUUUUUCUGCCAACUUUCUGCUUAAGUUGGCAGAAAAACAACUUUCCAUUAAAGGAAAUCUGUUAGGCUGCUGUGUUUGGUGGCCAUGCUAACUAGCCUGAGAAUUCAUGACAGGUUCCAUUGUGGUGAACCAGCUGUAGUGUAGCAGAAAGCAAAGGGGAGGGUGUGAGCAGUGAGCACACAAGAUUUAUUGACAGCACUAAGCUCAUCCUCCAGCUGUGAUUGGUUGUUUCUGACCUAGCAUUGUAUUUCUGCAGAUGGCUGUAGGAUCACAGGGAGAAGCAGAGCAGCUUGAUUUUUCUCAUAUUUCAUAUUUCUCAUAUUAACUGUCACGACAUGGUGACAGUUUUGACAAAUAUGUAAAAAACUAAUUUUUUUAAUUAAAGCUACAUAUGUUUCAUAAGUUUCAUGUAAGGAAGCUUAGAGGGAGAUUGAAAUAUCAUAAAUCAGGAGCUGGAGCAACUUUUUACUGUGAUGUAAUGACAUGACUCUCUCUGAGGGGAACAGCGUUAAAGCUCUGAAAGUGGAAAAGCUUUCUGUCCAGCAUAGCACCAGUACCAGGCUCAAGUUGGGCGAAAAGGAGCAUGUGUGGCUCUGGAGCCUAAUUGAAAUAGUAUCAUGUUACUGAGAGAGAGGGACAGAGAAGAAAGAGGGAAAUGGACAAGAGAGGAGGAGGGGAGAGUUAACCCCACAGCCUCCACUGUCUGUUUAUAGCACUGCCAGAGGGGUGAACUCUGAACUUUUCUGCCGUCAGUCUUAGUCAGAGCUCUGCGUCCAACAGUAGGGAGAGGAAUCCUCUUUGACAUGAUUUAAGUGGAAAAUUUGGGAGUUUAUAGGCAAGGUCAAAGAGCUGAAAUGCAACAGUCAAGUAAUAGCCUUGACCUGGGAUAAGACUAUUCUUAUUUCAAGUAAUGCAUUAUUGUCAGGCAGCUGUCAAACAGGAAAAGUUGUUUUGUAUCAUUAGAACAACUUUGCCGACUGGAAAAAUUUGCAAACUUGGUUUGUUGUUCUUAACUUUCCAUAAGAGCUUGUCAUGCAAAAGGAAUGAUUUAUAAAUAUGAAGUUCAUUUAGAACUUAUAAUGUGGGCUGGCACAUUGUCUCUUCCAUCCUAACACCUCUAAUUCUCAUAUAAAUAUAGACACCCACACACGCACACCCCCAUGCACACACACACAGAGCAUUGUUGGUAGCACUCUGUUAAUGAAGGGAAAGCCCACAGUGGUUACCAAAAUAACUUGUAACUGACAAAAGUAAUAGUAAAUAAAAAUGUUCUAAAAAUUAACCAGUGAAAAUCAGACAUUCCUUUUGAUAUGAAAUUCAACAAAUGAAACAGACCAGGAUAAAACUGAUGGUACCUGAAACUUAAUAUUUUGUUGCUCAACCUAUUGAGGCAAUCACUGCAAUCAAACCAUUUUGUUAACUAUCAGUGAGACUUCUACACCUGACUACAGGUAUCCUGGUCCACUCCUCAUGGACAAACCGCUCCAAUGUCCUCCAGUUGAAGGGAAAGCCUUCUCCAGAUGUUUCAGCUCCACAGAUGUUCAACAGGAUUUAGAUCAGGGCUCAUAAAAGGCCAGUUCAGUAUGAUCCAAUGUUUUGCCUAAAGCAAAACAUUGGAAACAUUGGAACAUUGGAACAUCUUGGGCAGCUGUGUGUUUUGGGUCAUUAUCCUGUUGGAAGACCCAUGAGCAAGCUUUCUAACACUAGGCACCACAUUUCUCUCCAGAAUGCCUUGAUAAUCUUGGGAUUUCCUCAAACCUCCACAGACUCAAGUCAAAGAAGCCCCAGAGCAUAACAGCCUCCUUCAUGUUUCCCAGAGUUCUUUUCUUGGCAAAAAGCUGAUGAGCCAGUUCCAGUUUUCUCCAGUCUUAUUGAGGACAUUCUCUCAGAAACUUUGUGGCUUGUCAGCAUGCAUUGUGGGAAAUUCCAGUCUCAUUUUUAUGCUAUGAUUUCCUUCUUGGUCGUCUCAUAUCAAGUCCACUUUGAUUCAAACAAUGAUGGAUUUGACACUGAUGUACCUUGACCUUGGAGUUGACCUUUGAUUUCUUUGGAGGUUGUUCUGGGCUCCUCAGUUGCUGUCAUUAUCCUUCUCCUCAAUUUGUCAUAAAUGUUCCUGCAGUUUUCAGUAAAUUUCCAUUUAUUAUCACUUUUGUCAAUUACAAGUUUUUCACGGAGGACUGUGGGCUUUUAUGGUCAUUAACAUAGAGGUGUCAGAGGUGUGCAUAUAUCUACUGUAUAUUUGUAUAUAUCUAUAGAUGGAUAGAUAGGGAGGCUAAAAUUAUAACAUAAAUUACUGCAUAGUUAAUAAAAAUAGCACUUUGUUCCAAAGGAAUGCAAAAUUCAAUUUUAUAGUUUGAAAAAAUGUACAAAAUGUGUUUAGUACAAACAUCUGACUAGUUACAGUCAGUGGCAAUAAAUCUGUUCCAAACAGCAGAAAUCUGCAGAAACAUGCUGCUGAUUUGACCCCCACUUCACACCUGCUCACCAGUUUAACUCUGACUGCUCCUCUGGUGGCUCUGAGGUGUAACAGCAUAGGGUUCAUUUCUGUAGCUAUGCUUACAUAACAAACAAAAAGCAUUUAGGACAUUCUUAGAAAGAAAAGAGUUUUUGAUGAAAC